AUGUCGAUCAUGUUGAAUUCCUCUGCCAGACUUGAAUCAUUGGCCAAUUCAGCUAAAUGGGAACCAUUCCAUGUCAGGUUUAAGCAUUUCUUUUAUCCAUGGUCAGAGUAUGUCAAAGUUGGUGCAGUUAUGAGAUAUUGUGCAUAUGAGGUCAUGCACUCCAUAGUGUACUUCACUAAAAAAUUCAAGUCCGUGCCAUAUCUUAUUGAUAAUCUUAAGCAGAAAAUCCAAAACAACUCGAUCCACAGGCCAUGUCUACUGAGAUAUGUCAUAAGAUUUAACAAAGUUUUAUGCAACUGCCAACCUAUGACAACCCACAAGAAGUUAAAACUUAAACAAGGAAAAGAACAAAGGAAUAUACUAAAAGUAGUUCGAUCAUCCUUAAUCACAUUCCAGAAAGAGAUCAAAGAUGCAACAAGCGAUGCUACAGAGCUAGUGCAUAGCUCGAUUGAACUCCUCCAACGCGCAAUAGACAUGCACUCUUACCUCUUAACUUCUACUUAUGAGCCACCUAAUAGUAAUACAUCUAAGCCACAGCCAAAUCUCUCUCUCACCUUAUCAGCCACCCUUUCUAGCCUCUUAAACCAACUGGCUGAGAUUUCCGUACCAAACGCCAGCCCACCAUCACAGGCAGAAUCUUACCAUGCAAUGAUGAGGAAGCAAUCAAGAAGGCUCUAUUCUUGGCCAUCCCGGGAAGUUGACGCAUUUGAAGAAGAGGGGCAUUUUAGCGCAGACAUUAUUCGUAAAAUGGGCGCCCCAGAGAGUACUGCCAUAAUCUCUCUUGCAACAUUUACCUCAUUGCUUAUUAAGUUUGUGGCUAGCCAGGCUAGGCUUGAUCACUUGGUUGAAGAAGUUGAUGAACUCUCAAAGAUGUCCAAUUUCAAACAGGAGGCUCUAUAA